UACUAUCAUACUGUGCCGUGUCAACAACACUUACUGAUUGCAUAUACAUUAGUGAUGUACCAGCGUGCGUCAGUCAGUGUGAUAUGUUUCUGUGAGGUAAUAGUAUUAUACUAGACACGUUUAUUCGCUUUUCCUAUAACAAAGGAUCUCGUGACGGAAUAUUUGUAGCGAGGAGUCCACCGUCGCCAUCGUGCUCAUGGCAGAUCAUGAAGUUGUACAGGCGAAAAGCAGUUGGCUUUGGGGAUGGUUUAGCUGGUCUGGAUCAUCGUCAACCAUGUUACGUGCUGCAGAAAAGAGGAUUCUAUCAUGUUUAAAAACAGCAUACAGAGGAUGGUAUGUAGACAUUGGACCAGUAGUAGGUCCAGCAGAUAAAAUAUGGACCAUCUCGUUGAACGAAGAGUCACCAAAAACUCCGAUUGUUUUACUGCACGGCUUAGGAGCUGGGGUAGCAUUAUGGUGUUUAAAUCUGGACGCACUUGCAUCUCAAAGACCAGUGUAUGCAAUAGACAUAUUAGGAUUUGGAAGGAGUAGCAGACCUGUUUUCAGCAGUGAAGGAGAAAAAGCCGAGGAGCAAUUAGUACGUUCUGUGGAAGAAUGGAGAAGAGAGAUGCAAUUAGAAAAUUUUGUAUUACUUGGUCAUUCGAUGGGUGGUUUUCUUGCAGCGUCUUACGCUAUGCAGUAUCCUGAUAGAGUAAAACACCUCAUACUGGCCGACCCUUGGGGCUUUCCCGAGAAGCCCUCCGAAGUUUCCACCAAGUCUGGACAUAUACCAUUCUGGGUUAAAGCUAUAGCAUUUGCGGUACAGCCCUUCAAUCCUCUAUGGGCGGUUAGAGUGGCGGGACCAUUUGGGCAGUGGCUCAUUGAGAAAACGAGACCUGACAUAGUAAAGAAGUUUUCUCCCAUGUUGAAUGAUGACACUACCAUAAUUUCACAAUAUAUACAUCAGUGCAAUGUGCAGACACCGUCAGGCGAAAGCGCAUUUCAUUCAAUGAUGCAUGGUUUUGGCUGGGCUAAAAAUCCCAUGGUCAAACGAAUGGACAACUUAAGAGAGGAUAUACCCAUAACAUUACUGUAUGGCAGUAGAUCAUGGAUUGACAAUUCAGCUGGUGAAAUGAUUAAGCAAUACCGAUCUUCAUCGUACGUUAACGUUCAGGUAAUUACUGGAGCUGGCCAUCAUGUUUAUGCGGACAGAAGUGAGACCUUCAAUAAAUACGUACAGGAAACAUGCGCUUUGAGCGAUUCGACAUCUCGUUUAACAUCAGCGAACUUACGUCCGUAUUCUAAAGUGAUAAAGGAACAAGAAAUAAACGUAACUUUACCUGAUGAAGCGUUUGAAGCACCAAGACCAAAGGAAUAGAGUUUGAAUGUACAAUAUUUAAUUGAAUCAAGAUUUAAUUGAAGUUUAGUGCAUGAUAAUUUUAUGAAACUACACGGGUGUAAGACAAUGCAAUUGAUAUCAUUAAUAUGAUAUUGUUUUCCGGAUAUUACUAUAAGUUAUGUUAGGCCCAUAUCAAACGAUACAUUGGAGAUGAGAUAGCGAAUUGGAGAUUAAAGUUCGAUUUAUCAAGACAAAGUAGAUUAAUAUCGAGAUUAUUGAUUGUUCGAAUUCUAAUCUCUACUUCGGAGUCCUUAAUCUUCAAUGUGUAGUCUGAUAUAAAUUUAAUAAAGUUAAAAUUGUAUAUAACGUACAAACAUGUAAGUGUAAUCAUUUUUACACAUCGUACAAACUUUUGAACUGUGACCUAAAAUUCUUUGACUAUAAUUUUUUUAUUCUGCAAGGUAAAUGUUUAAUUGCAAUUGAUUAUAAAAGAAAAAUCUUAUUGUAACAACACUAUUUUCUUCUAGUAUUAGUUCGCAUGCUUAUAGUAAUAUAUCGUCAGAAUUUCCAAAGAUUGAGAGCAAAGUUAAUAUAUUUUGUUCUGUUGACAGAAAACUAUAUAUGGUAAACAUGUAUUAAAAUAAAGAGGGGAGAGAAUAUUAGUGAUUAAAUAUUUAAUAUAAAUAUUUAAUGAUUAAUCAUUAAUAAGUCGUAUAUGUAUCGCGUGCGUGUAUAUUUUUUUAAAUUUUUUAACAUAAGUGUUAUGUGUAAUCUAUAGAUGUGACAUAAAAAUGUAAAUUGACACUUGUCGAUUUUGUGUGAUAAUGAUUGUAGAUAUUGUAAAUAUUUCAAAAUAUAUAUUACUUGCUCUUG